UUUCUUAAAAAAAAACCCCAAAACAUGGAUAGGCUGUAUACAGUAUUAAGUAGCUACUUUUAAUUCUGGGUUAAUGUAACAUCAAAAUAAAGCAGGGUCUGGAGAAAUGAAAUGCUUACUCUGCAUAAGCAAAACCCAGGAGGCAAAAGAGCCCAGGAGACAGAAGUUUCUCAGGCUGGUGCCUUGUAAAGGCUAUGUAGGGUGGAGAAAAAAAAAAGGCACUACAAAAAAUAGGAUCAUGCUGGCUGUAGGUCCUGAUAAAAACCAGCCAGGUGGGGUUUGCCCUCCCCAAAUGAGGGUCCUCUCCCCUUGCCACUCCUUCUCCCUUGCCAGCUGGAGGAAGGUGAUCUUUUGCUCCUGUGCACUGAGACUUUCCCUGAUUCUCCUUCCCGCUGACCCCUACCGUCCUCCAGAAGUGUGAGGCACUGAUGAGUCUCUGCUCUCCCAUCACAUCUGGGAAGCUUUCUCCGCAGAGACCUCCCCGAGCGCCCAAAGCCCUGCUCCCCGGGCCAGGCUGGUGGUGGGGACAGCCCUGCAAGGCAGGAGAGGGUUAAGCCUGGAGGUGCUGCUCAGAUCACGGUACCUGCCAGGGGGAGGGAGCUAACGGGGCGAGGGGAAGGGACAGGGGCAGAGAGUUUCCUCGAGUCUCCUCCAAAGGGACGCGGAGGGAGCAAGCCCGCGGCAGCAGCAGGUGAAAGCCGGGGAAGGGGCGGGUGCAGCCGGCCAGCCGCACAUCUGGAUGGGAGUUGCCAGGCGGAUCCGGGGAUGGGGGGGUCGUAGGAGCCGGGAGCCCAGAUUAUAAGAGGACCGAGCCCCUUUCCCCAGCCCUCCCUCCCCCCCAUUGCAGGCACCGAGGGGGAAGGAAGACAGGCACCGGCUGAAGAUGCAGCUGACUCGGUGCUGCUUCGUCUUCCUCAUCCAGGGAAGCAUCCAUCUGCUGGUGAUCUGUGGACAAGAUGAUCUAGGGGAGGAUUCAGAGCAAGGCGAAUCUGAUGCCCAAGACAGAUCCCAAGUGCAGAAGAAGGGACUUCGGCAAGAGCUGCCCCAAUUAGCUCAAGCCUUAUUUCAGAACUCUACUCUCCUGGAGCUCGUCUCAAGUUCACAGAAAUUCUGGGAAAUGCUGGACAAUGCAUCUGAGCUAGACCAGGAUCCACGUGCUAGAGGACGCAGGGACUCUGUAACAAAUACAGGCAAGUUUAAGAAAAUUUUUGGCUGGGGGGAUUUUUAUUCCAAUAUCAAGACAGUGAAGCUAAACCUCUUGAUUACUGGGAAAGUUGUUGAUCAUGGCAAUGGCACAGUCAAUGUCUUCUUCCGGCACAACUCCACUGGGCAGGGAAAUAUCUCCGUCAGCCUUGUCCCUCCAACCAAAGCUGUGGAAUUUGACCUUGAGCAGCAGAUCUUCAUCGAGGCCAAAGAAUCCAAGGUCUUCAACUGCCGAGUGGAAUAUGAGAAAGUGGAUCGUGCCAAGAAAACCACACUCUGUACCUAUGACCCCUCCAAAACUUGCUACUAUGAGCACACCCAGAGUCAUGUCUCCUGGGUCUGCUCUAAGCCCUUCAAAGUCAUCUGCAUCUACAUCACCUUUUACAGCAUAGACUACAGGCUAGUGCAGAAGGUGUGUCCUGACUAUAACUACCAUAGUGAUGUACCUUAUUACCCCUCUGGAUGAUAAACUUUUUCCAUCUCAGGGAUGGCCCAGAGACUGUUGUACUGUGGGGAAUGUUUUGCAAGCAGAAUUGGAGUACAGGGUUCUCUAGAAACCAGAGUUCUGAUGCAAACAGGAGGAAGAAGAGUACCUAUUCUCCCUAAAAGCCUGAGUGUUAGGGAAAGGAGUAAUAGAUUGAGGGUACUGGCAUUUCUAAACCUGACCCAGAUCCAUGGUCUUUAGAGACUAACAUAUGGGGGCAGGGCCCGGAUCUAGGCUACAGAUAAAUAGAACAUGGAACAUGACUGGGAUUCAGGUUUCUCAGUACAAGAAUACUUGCCUGGAUCUAGGUCAUAUUGUCACGAAACGGAAGUCUGGAUAUUGGGUAAAGAGGUCAAGAGAAGUAUGUUGACAGACAAGGAAAAGCAAAAAAGAAACACUGUGGCCCAGAUCAAGAGCAAGAGAUCUCUAUGAAGAUAAGGAUAUUAAUGGACAAAAGGUGCAGGGGACUUGUAAUAGUUCAUUAAAGAUGGCUGUAAGACAUCAUUGGCUAAUAACCAAUAUACUCUACAGAAGUAUGAGCCGGAGUUGAGUAUGAGGUCUCGCAUGUCUAAUACAGAUUUGGGUGCAGGUAUGUCCAGAGACUCAGAAAUUAAGGGCUCAGAAAUGCAAACAUGUUGGAGGGUCCUCCGACUCAGUGCGCAGUAAAGGGAAAAGGAACAUUAGAUUAUGUUAUUGAUGUUGUCAAGUCAAGGUGAAAUAACAGCUCUUCUCACCACAAGGUUUUCAGGGACUCUCGGCCACUCUGAGCAUCUGGAGAUUUUGCUGAAUCUCAGAACUGUGGAUUUACAGAUAAAGAAACUCUGGUCAAAUCUGUCAAAUACGCUGACGCAGUAUAUGAUUCAUGCCUUCCCUUCAUUUCACAACUAUACCCCUUAUCACUCCUGUUCCCUCCCUCCCAUCUGCGUCCUGUACCUUCUGCUCUCUGUCAUGUCAGUAUCCCCCAUUCUUCCUGUACAUUUCUCUCUCUCAUUUUCUCUGUAGCCGAUCUUCUUCUAUUCAGCAUUCAGGUCCAUUUCUUCUUCUUAGCCCAAAAUACUCUGUAGUUUCUGUAUUUCUUUGGUGAAAAGGGGGCGUGCGCGUGUAUGUGUGUGUAUAAAGUAAAGCUCUGACUGUAUUAUUUAAAUUUUACUUUUAAAAAAAAGAUGCUGUCCUUGAAAUGGAGAAUAAAGUUUCCCCAGUGCUAUGAAGGAAAGUCAGGUGGUUUUUUUUUUUAAUAGUUUUUUUAAAAUAAAAAAAACUCAUCUCUGCAAUGUCUUUUCUCUGGUUAAAGAAAAAAAAACCCUUGGUAGAUAAAUAAGGUACAAAAUUCAUGCCCUCUCAACCCUACAACAUGCCUACUCUGUUCUAUUCAGAUUCUUCAGCUACACUCACUCACUCUAAUAUUAAAGCCACAGAUCUACUUUUUUAUGAAGACUGGGACUUGAACUGCUGAACUUUAAAGCCAGGUGGGUUGCUAUUUCUCUGCAGAGGGGGGGUGCAUUUUGAAUUACGAAUUUAGCAUUCCUAACCUCAGAUCUCUUUCUUUUCAUGUAUGUUAGAACAGGCUCUUACUUUGUCUGCCCAUGCACAUAGUAAUUCUUUUAAAGAGGCCACACUUGUCCUCACCUCCAGAAGCCUACCUUUACUUCUUGAAGAUUUCACAGCUGCCCAGCAUUGUGUUGGGUUACAAGACUUUAUCCCAUCCAAGUUCUAAGCAACACUCAUAUGUAGGUUAGUUAUGCAUUAAAAUUAAAUGACACUUAAGGCAGCUUUUGUAAUCAGGUACGUUGGGGUUUUUGUUUAGACAAGUUCAGUGUUUUGAAAAGCUCUCUUAGUUCAUGCUGAACAAGGAUUAUCCCCCACCCCUUGCCCUCACCCCCAAGGUUUCAGCUUCCUUUAAAAAGAAAUACGUUAAACACUUUUCUCCCACCACAAGCAAACAAAAAUAAAAGCAAAACCAUAAGAAGUUGUUAAUUUGGAGAAUUAAAUGGCAAUUUUAAGAGCCAGAGGAACAAACAACUAGGCUAUAAAGGAAACAGCAUUUAGAAAGUGAUAUGGCAGGCCAGUGGUUACUAGGAGACCGGCACUGUCCAUUAUUGUCGAUUGGAAGGAGAGGAUUCUAACUAGCCAAGCAACAUAAGACACUUGGAAGAGAGAAUUUCACUAAGCUAAAGGGCAAACAAUAGAAAAGAUGUAAGCUAAAUACAGGUUCCAUUAUCUAUCUGGCUCGCCCCGCUUUGUUACA